UCAGACCAGGUUGGAAGACAGGGACCUUCGCAGCUCAAGUCCAAGGACUUGGGUCAUUCUUCAGGGUCUCACUAUGUAGUUCAGGUUGGCCAUGAACUCAUGAUGGCCUCAAACUCAUGGCGAUUCUGCUGCCUCAGGCUUCUGAGCCUUGAAUUAUAGAUGUGUGCCACCAAACCCAACAACAGUAUGCUUUAAUUCUUCCUUCGCACACAGGAUAGGAGAGCAACAAUACUCUUCUGAUUGACGGAAGCUCUUGCAAGUAUUUUAUCUCUUGGGAAGACAGAUAUUAAUUACACUAUUACCUGAUAAAUAAACUCUCUAGUGAAAGACAACAGAUCAGCAUCCCAGAGCAAGGGAUGGGAGGUUGUUUCAAAAUUCAUGGCAAUCAUUUCUAAAGGCCGGGAGUCUUACCAAACUCCUUUGUUUAAAAACCUUUUUAAAGAUCUAUUUUCACAGAGAACAUAUCCAUUUGGUUAAAGUUAUGAAUAUUCACAUGUCUGUAUUGCCCAGCAGAACAAGAUGCGCUAUGCUUGUGAAAGCUCUCAAUUUAAGAACUUAGGAAAUCAGGUUUGAUGAACUAGUUUGAUGGAUGCAGAACAUCUCUUUUUCCUCCACAGCUGCAAGGCAGUAUCGACAGCACCUCUUUUUUUAGACUUCUUUUGUUAAUGAGGAACAUUUGCAGUUUCUAGGCCAGGCUCAUCUUCCAAUUUCAUUUCUUGAAUUUCAUUUGAGUUUGGGGUCAGAAAUUUGAAUUUCAUUUGAGUUUGGGGUCAGAAAUUUGAAUUUCCUAUUAAGGAAAAUUUUCCUUAACAGGAAAAAGUAUGCACAUGGGUUUCUCUCUGUCUCUCUCUCCUUCUCUCUCUGGGUCUGAAUUGGCACACCAAUUCAAAAUGGAGUGUCGUUGUGCAGACAGGCCCCAGAAAACUAGCUCUUCUCCUUCCCAGGCAAACUCAGGGUGCUUUAGGGUGCUCUGCCCUGGCUGGCAGGAUGAGGGAGAUGAGGUCAGUUUUGGCAAGCACACCUGACAGGCAGAUGCAGGACAGGCUGAGAAUACAGGUGGGAUAAUGAACUGUGACAGCCGUGAAGUUGAAGCAGCACCCUUAGGCUGCCCCUCUCUCCUUUACACUGGGCUUCUUGGGACCAGUUCAGAGCAUGUGUGGGAGGGGUUGCAGCGUGACCGAGAGCUCUCAAAACUGGUCUUUCUCCCUCAGGUUGCUUACAGGAGAUGAAUCCAACUACCAGCAGGUGCUUUGAGGAGCCAGGAAAUUCAGUGUUCAAGGUGAAAGGGUCAAAGGGAUCUGGGCAAGGCCUCUCUCUGGUUGGGGACGGGUUUGCCUGGGGACAGGCUGCUGGUGUGAGGUGGGGCUGCCUCCUGCACCAAGUGGAAGAAGGCCCAUCACUGAGCAACUUUAACAACACAUAAAAUGGCCUCGACAAAUUCAGAAAUCAGGCAAGUGGGCCACUGAGGUGUCUUACCCCCUGCGUCCCCUACCCCACUGGGCCAGGGGCCUUUCCACAGGCACUAGGAGCAAGACUGGACCCACGGUGCUCUCUCUCUCUUCCCAGGACCUGGUCCAGAGAGAACAGAAGAGCCAAGCAGAGGCUAUGAUCCAAGGGUCAGCAACACCUAGAAGCCCAGAGGGAAGAAAGCUCAAUCAGGAAGCCCCAGGGCCCUCUAGUUUGGCUUCCCAGGGCCUGUUAGCACCCCAAUAUCCAACCAAGGGGUUGGGCUUGGGCCUGGAGGGAGAGAGAGCAGAACCUCAAAAACUGCUGCUGCUGUUGGACUCUCCACAGUGUCUAGGAGAGGCAGUCCCUGGGGGUGAGGGGGCGGAGGCUGCCCAAAGGGAGAACAAAGUAGUCCCUCCCAGUCAGGGAGAAAAGUCACCUCAGAGUCAGAGAGAAGAGGCACCCCAGGGAGAGAGCACUGAAGGUCCUCAAACAGGAAACAGUCCCAUGUGCCUGCAAGAGAGGGAUCCUCAGGGUCAGGAUAUGAAAACCUGGAAGUCGUGGGAAGGAUACAUCACACCAGCCUGGGAGGUGGCUCAGAGGGCAGCAACCGCCCAGCUCUUGGAGGAAGGCAGCCCCCUGGGCCAGUGGAGGGACAUCCCUAUGUCGGUGGGAGAACAGAGCCCCCCGAGUUUGGAAAGGGGGAACCCAGGCCCUAGGGGAAGGGCCACUCAGGGGAAGUGGGACAAAACCGAGGGCAAGUGUCAUGAGUUGGCUGUGCCAACGCUGGGGGCCCCCAGGGAGGAGGCUUGGGCUCCCCUCCAGGGUCUAGGAGCCGGAAUGCCGGCGACACGGGGCACUGUGAGCGCUGGGCGGCCCGAGCUCCCUUUGGCCGUGCCUGUGCCAGGAGGCAGCAGCGGCCCGGCGCACCGGACAGUGGGGGAAGCGAGUUUCCCCGGUGCACUCGGGGAACGGAGGGGCGGCUCUGGGGGCCUCCCCACCUCGAAAGCCGCAUGGCCUGCGCCCCCGGGACUGAGCCCGGAGCAGCAAGAGUCAGCUCUGCAGCGACUGCUGGAGCUGCACGGCGCGGCUCGGAGGCGGCGGUGGCGGGAUCGUGAGCAGCAGCGGCUCCGGGUGCUGGAGCGACUCCGCAUUGCCGGGAACCGUCACUGCCGGGUCCACCCUCUGGGACUCCCUUCAGGCCCCGCACACCUCCAGACUCAGGAGGACGCCGCCGAAUGGCGACGCGCACUGCGGGAGCGGCUGGACCAAGUGUACCAGGAGAGGACCGGACGGCUUCGGACCCUUGGGGCCAGGAACACCCAUAACUUCCAGGAGCUGCUGUGGACCCCAGAUGCUGAAGACCCUGUGCCUGGAGAAUAGCCCCCACACUUCCCAGCCCCCUCUAGUCAUUGCUGGGUACCCAAAGAGAUGAUGCAAGAAGAAAGCAUUAAGGAAAAAGAAGUCAGAGGUCAGUCCUGGAAGACCCUGAAAACAGCCUCGGAGCCCAGACAGCAGACAACAUGCACAACGUCUCUGCAGCAAGAGGCCUGUUAUUUCUUCCUCCCUCCUGUAACCCGCUGCCAGGCCGGGGAUCAAAGGGCCAGGUCCCGGGGGUCCAGCAACGCAAAGACCCCAUUCUUGCGGAAGAAAGACUCGAUACGGCACAUCUUGCAGGAGACCAGUUCUUGCUUCACUGGGGGGCCUGGGAAAAGAUAAGUGAGCAGCAAUAGGUUCCCAGGGAAGACACUCACCCUAGGAGCCCUGUCUGUCUGUAUGGUCUUCUUGUAUCCACUUAGUAUGAAAAAAUAAAAAGAGCUUUUGAGGAGUGGGAGCUACAGGCAAA